AUGGGUGACCUCAGCAGAGCACUAUGGGAAGAUCUUACUUCCAAAUUUGGCAUUGCCACCUGUAGCCAUAUUUGCUCCCUGGAAUGCCAGGCUGCUCUGCUGCCCGCUGAGGAGUGGGAGAGGUGCCAGGGCCUUCUGUCUUUUUUCACCCUUUUCCCUCUUGGGCUCCAUGACAAGGAAGACUCGGAGAGCAAGGCGGUUCUGGAAGAGCCCUAUAGUGAACUGGCCAAGAGCAUGGGGCCCUCCCUGAAAGAGCUGGAGAAAAACAGAUUCCUCCUCAGCACCCCAACGGAGGAGAAAGCUUUGAGCAGGAGCCUGGCAGAGAAGCUCAGAGGUCUCUCUGGCAGGUUGGGGCAGGGAGCAGAGUCAGAGCUGGUGGGGGACACCCAGCUGAAUGAUGGCACCAUGGAAGCUGCAACACUGGAUUCUGAUGAGGGGGACCCGAAGGAGCAGGUCAAACGCUAUGGGGGCUUCUUGCGCAAAUACCCCAAGAGGAGCUCAGAGGUGGCUGGGGAGGGAGAUGGGUUAGGGGAUAGGGUGGGCCAUGAGGACCUGUAUAAACGCUAUGGAGGUUUCUUGCGGCGCAUCCGUCCCAAACUCAAGUGGGAUAAUCAGAAGCGCUAUGGCGGUUUUCUCCGGCGGCAGUUCAAGGUGGUAACUCGGUCUNGCCAUUUACUAGCCUUAGAAUCUUGGCAGGUGUCUUAA